AAAAAAAUUCUCCAUUUCUUAACUACAAAGCAUCCUUAAUUAUAUAAAUACGAAGAUACUCCAACCAAAUCCUACAUCUUCAACAUCUCUUCUACCACUUUUGUAAAAAUAAAAAAACACAUAUUUUCUAGCAAUCCUUUGGAUCAAUAAUUGAAUUUGAGAGCACUAAUUUUUUUGAUAUGGAACAAACUCCCUCCCUUAAAAUUGAGCAUGACUUCGUUCAAAACAGUGAAAGAGUGAAAUCUGUUGAUAUGCAUCCAACUGAACCAUGGGUUCUCCUGGGUUUAUAUUCUGGAACUAUUUCUAUAUGGAACUAUCAAACUAAGGUUCAAGAGAAGUCUCUCAAAAUCAGUGAAUCACCGGUGAGAUCUGCAAAGUUUAUUGUUCGGGAAAAUUGGGUUAUCGCAGCAACCGACGACAAAUAUAUUCGCGUCUACAAUUAUGAAAGAAUGGAAAAAAUAAUAGAAUUUGAAGGGCAUAAAGAUUAUAUUAGGAGUUUGGACAUUCAUCCUUUUCUGCCAUAUGUGGUGUCAGCUUCUGAUGAUCAAGUUUUGAAAUUAUGGAAUUGGAAGAAAGGUUGGUCAUGUGAUGAGACUUUUGAAGGACACUCGCAUUAUGUGAUGCAAGUGGCAUUUAACCCUAAGGAUCCAUCUACCUUUACUAGUACAUCUCUCGAUGGCACUCUAAAGAUUUGGACCAUUGAUUCUUCUACUCCAAAUUUCACCUUUGAAGGACAUUCGAAAGGAGUGAAUUGUGUUGAUUAUUUUGAUAGUAACGAAAAGCAAUAUCUUUUAAGUGGUUCUGAUGAUUACACUGCCAAGGUAUGGGAUUAUGAUUCUAAAGUAUGCAUAAAAACACUUGAAGGGCACAAGAACAAUGUUACAACAAUAUGUGCUCAUCCUGAUAUUCCUAUAAUAUUUACAGCUUCAGAGGAUUCUACUGUUAAAAUAUGGGAUGUUGUCUCAUAUAGACUUGAAACUUCAUUGGAUUUUGGUCUUGAGAGAGUAUGGAGUAUUGGAUAUAAAAAAGGAUCAUCUAAGAUCGUUUUUGGUUGUGACAAAGGAUUUAUUAUCGUUACGGUGAAGUUUGCAAGUAGGCAAGCGAAACAAGAUUAAACAAAAAAUUAAGAUGUGCUAUCUGAUUUUGGAGCAAGACUAUAAUAUAACUUAUGCUGUAAAAUUUACGUUGUAAAAUAAAAAAAUAUUUAUAAAGAGUGUCUUAAAAUAUGUGUUGUUUAUGUUAUUUUCUCUAGUAAUAAUAAUCAAGAUGUAGUUAUAUGUUGAAUCUAGAUACAAAUAAAGGAUAUGCUAUUGUAAUAGUUUUUAUAGAUCAUAUAUUGUGACUAUUUUGAUGCAUACUACUUUGUGCUUGCUAAAUA